AUGUAUAUAAUUUUUGUUAAUUUUCUUGGAUGUCUGGAAUUGGAUUGCACAGAGUUGAAAAUUUUUCUUCGAUUUUUUGUUAUUAAAUGUUUGGCUUUUUCCGGGAAGAGCGAUCCCAAAGCAGGACCGCCGGUCCCAUCAUUAACUUUUUUUAAUAAGGCUUUUUUUUCAAAAAUCACGAAACGUGUCCAAAUUUCAGACCGGGAUCUCUACACUGUCACAAGUUAUGGACAGGAUUCUGAUACCACAUUUUUAUUUAGGUCAUAA